AUGGCCCGUGCUUUAAGUUUAGCUCGGACCUCGCCGUUUAUCCAGGGCUUCUCAUUUGGGAAUGUCCGUACAGUAAUCCGCGGCACGACGUCAUCGAUGCAUUUGCCGAUGUAGCAAAUGACCGCGUCAGUGUGUUUGUUUAUAUCGUCCUCCUCAAACACACGAAGUGACAGAGGUUGCCGCAGCAGAUUCAGGAGAGGAAUGAGAAGCUGAAAGAGGAGAUGAUGAGUAAACUGAAGGACCUGGGGAACCUAGUUCUGAGGCCGUUUGGACUGUCAACCAACAACUUCCAGAUGAACCAGGACACUCAGACCGGAUCCUACUCCAUCAACUUCAUCCAGAACCCCAACAAUAACAACAGAUGACAUCAACACCACAACAACAACAACACAUAACAUCACCACAACAAUGGCAACAAAAGAUUGCUUCACCACAACAACAUAUGACAUCAUUACAACAACAUAUGGCAUCACCACAACAACAUGACAUCACCACAACAAAAUAUGGCAUCACCACAACAACAUAUGGCAUCACCACAACAACAUAUGGCAUCACCAAAACAACAUCUGACGUCACCACACCACAACAACAUCUGACGUCACCACAACAACAUCUGGCAUCACCACAACAACAUCUGACGUCACCACAACAACAUCUGACAUCACCACAACAACAUCUGACAUCACCACGACAACAUCUGACAUCACCACGACAACAUCUGACAUCACCACAACAUCUGACGUCAGUACAACAACAUCUGACGUCAGUACAACAACAUCUGACAUCACCACAACAACAUCUGACAUCACCACAACAACAUCUGACAUCACCACAACAUCUGACAUCAGUACAACAACAUCUGACGUCACCACAACAACAUCUGAAGUCAGUACAACAACAUCUGACAUCACCACAACAACAUGACAUCAGUACAACAACAUGACGUCACCACAACAACAUCUGACAUCAGUACAACAACCUCUGACAUCACCACAACAACAUCUGACAUCAGUACAACAACAUCUGACAUCAGUACAACAACAUCUGACGUCCCCACAACAACAUCUGACAUCAGUACAACAACAUCUGACAUCAGUACAAAACCUCUGACGUCAGUACAACAACAUCUGACGUCAGUACAACAACCUCUGACGUCAGUACAAAAACCUCUGACGUCAGUACAACAACCUCUGACGUCACCACAACAACAUCUGACAUCACCACAACAUCUGACAUCAGUACAACAACAUCUGACGUCAGUACAACAACAUCUGACGUCAGUACAACAACCUCUGACGUCACCACAACAACCUCUGACGUCACCACAGCAACAUCUGCCAUCAGUACAACAACCUCUGACAUCACCACAACAACAUCUGACAUCAGUACAACAACAUCUGACAUCAGUACAACAACAUCUGACGUCACCACAACAACAUCUGACGUCAGUACAACAACAUCUGACAUCAGUACAACAAACAUCUGACGUCACCACAACAACAUCUGACGUCAGUACAACAACAUCUGACAUCAGUACAACAACAUCUGACAUCAGUACAACAACAUCUGACAUCAGUACAACAACCUCUGACAUCAGUACAACAACAUCUGACAUCAGUACAACAACCUCUGACGUCAGUACAACAACAUCUGACAUCACCACAACAACAUCUUACAUCAGCACAACAACAUCUGACAUCAGUACAACAACAUCUGACAUCACCACAACAACAUCUGACAUCAGCACAACAACCUCUGACGUCAGUACAACAACAUCUGACAUCAGUACAACAACCUCUGACGUCAGUACAACAACAUCUGACAUCACCACAACAACAUCUUACAUCAGCACAACAACAUCUGACAUCAGUACAACAACAUCUUACAUCAGCACAACAACAUCUGACAUCAGUACAACAACCUCUGACGUCACCACAACAACAUCUGACAUCAGUACAACAACAUCUGACUUCACCACAACAACAUCUGACAUCAGUACAACAACAUCUGACGUCAGUACAACAACCUCUGACGUCAGUACAACAACCUCUGACGUCAGUACAACAACCUCUGACGUCACCACAACAACAUCUGACAUCACCACAACAACAUCUGACAUCAGUACAACAACAUCUGACGUCAGUACAACAACCUCUGACGUCAGUACAACAACCUCUGACGUCAGUACAACAACCUCUGACGUCAGUACAACAACAUCUGACAUCACAACAACAACAUCUGACAUCAGUACAACAACAUCUGACAUCAGUACAACAACCUCUGACGUCACCACAACAACCUCUGACAUCAGUACAACAACAUCUGACAUCACAACAACAACAUCUGACAUCAGUACAACAACCUCUGACGUCACCACAACAACCUCUGACAUCACAACAACAUCAUCUGACAUCAGUACAACAACCUCUGACGUCACCACAACAACAUCUGACAUCACCACAACAACAUCUGACAUCAGUACAAAAACAUCUGACAUCACAACAACAACAUCUGACAUCACCACAACAACAUCUGACAUCACAACAACCUCUGACAUCAGUACAACAACAUCUGACAUCACAACAACAACAUCUGACAUCACCACAACAACAUCUGACAUCACAACAACAACAUCUGACAUCACCACAACAACAUCUGACAUCAGUACAACAACCUCUGACGUCACCACAACAUCACAACAAAAACAUCUGACGUCAGUACAACAACAUCUGACGUCAGUACAACAACAUCUGACGUCACCACAACAACAUCUGACAUCACCACAACAACAUCUGACAUCACAACAACAACAUCUGACAUCACAACAACAUCUGACUCAUGGUGUGUUUCCGGGGAAAUAAAGCGUAUUUAUUUGUUCA